UGCAGUCCAUGGUUGGAAAGGAAUGACAGAAAAAAUGUCCCGCUGAAAACAGUAUACACUGCUAAGAUAUACGCUUAUUUAUUUGGGUUUUCAAUAUAGGUACUUUAAUUAUUCAGUGAGAAUAUUCAUUUAGCUAUAGAAAAGUCUAUGAAGCUUUUACGCGUAAUUUUACGGUAUAUUUUUAGACAUCCAAGGCAGUUUAUUAGUUUCAAAUAAUAGUUAUUAAUCGGACCGGUUCGGUAAAGGGUAUAGGGUCGACCGUGACAGAUCAAACGUUUUUCUAGGCGGGUGCAUUAAGCAGUUCAAAUGCGCAUGCGUAUAAAAGCUGCGUGUGCGCACCCCUCAGCGUCACAUUGAGUCAGAGCGCCCACCGAAGGUACUCAAGCAACAUGAAGGUCAUAAUCGUAGCUGCUAUCCUGGCGAUGUGCGGGGGAGCGAUUGCAGGUCUGCUUCCAGUGGCUGCGCCAUACGGUUACCCCCGUCCCCUGGGUUACGCUGCUCCGGCGGUCGCUGUGGCGAGACCAGCGUACGCUGCUCCCUUAGCCGUAGGCCACGCCGUCGCUAAGGUCGCCCCAGUCGAUGAGUACGAUCCCAACCCUCAGUACUCCUAUGCUUAUGACAUUCAGGAUGCUCUUACCGGCGACUCAAAGAACCAGCAAGAAACUCGUUCUGGAGACGUCGUCCAGGGUUCAUACUCCUUGGUAGAGCCCGACGGCACCCGUCGUACCGUUGAGUACACCGCUGACCCCCACAACGGCUUCAACGCCGUCGUGCACAGAGAGCCGGCCGGAGCUGCCGUCGUCAAGGCAGUAGCUCCCGCUCACGCCUACUACCACUAGUCCCAACAAACCUUCGCUUGCUUAGUACGAUCCAGUUUAAUCUGCUUUUCCAAACAUCUUAUAAUGUGACUGUUGUCCCUGUUUAUCCUUAAAGAUCAUGAAGGUAGUGCAACCGUAUGCGACCUAUUUUGUUGACAUGAACCAUGUUAUAUUAUUCGGUAGUCAAAUCAAAGCUUCUUUGCCUGUCUAUAUGUUUCGCUAAUACUAAGUGUUCGCAAUAGAGGUAAUUCAUUAAGUUUCGAUGUGAGCUGUAUUUUGUCUGUUAGGCGAGGUUUAUGUUGCACAUUGUAACAUACUCAUGUCUUUCAUACUAAACGGUUGUACUAAUUAUGUAGGGCAACAGGAUCUACGAAGCAAUAACUGGUCUAGAUCUGUCUAAGCGAGCAUGAGCUCGUCAUAGUGACCUGAACCGUAAACGUUAAUGUUUAUUUAUGCUUAUGUAGUGUAUUGUUAAUUGAAGUGUUAAAGCUGAGGUAAUAAAUAAGAGGAAUCUA